AUGUUGGAAGUGGCUGGCCGUUUGUGGGACGUGCAUGCAGUGAAGGCUUCGUGCGAAUGGGACCUUACGGGUGGUUAUGAUGAUCGUGAAAAUGUGUUGGAGGCGGUGCGCGACAUACUCUGGGGCGCGAAGGCCUUGGUGGUGGAUGAAGAUGGGGAGGUUAUAACGGUUAUAGUAUUGCUUCUCACUCCGGUGGUGGCGCAGUUGGAGCUGGAUAUACGGCAAUGGCAGGAAGAGCAGCACUGCGCGAGAAGAGCAUGCGUUGUCGUUCCAUGCGAGCUGCGUAUCCUGCCGGUGUGGAGAGCAUAUGAGAGCAUCCAGGAAUUGAAUUUGGAUUGUUUGGAGGCCUCGGCCGACGGAGAUGGGUGUGUAAAAUGGAGAUCGGACGUGGAGAGGCAAAUGAUACAGUCCAUCUCUGGAUGGCAUAAAGGUGAUGUUGUGAAGAGCGCCUUUGCGCCAUUGGGUGCAGUGCUUUUUGGUGUUGGCGCACCUGUUGUCGAUGCUGACAUGGAUGGCGAUGCCGCCGGUGUUGCGGAGGAAAAUGUGGACACGGAGCCUUUGUCGGAAGAGAUGCAACAUACCCAGAUGGCCAAAGAAGUUUUUGCAGUGUUAGAAAAUGUGAAUCUGAAGUUUGAGACCAAGUUGCGGACAGCGGCGCAGAUGUUGGCCUGCGCUCCCACCUUUACUGGGGUUGGUGGGGCGUUGUCGCGUUUGGUGUUAUGUUGUCAGGAUGACGACGUUGUUCAGAAACCGUUGCGGCGGUAUCAGUGUCGUUUGUGCCGCUUCGGCGCUUCUGGAGGAAAGGCGUUCUGGGAUCACAUCGUGGAGAAACACAGCGGUGGCGCUGAUGAUAGUCGGGCGCUCAUCGAGUAUCGCAACAAGGUCACAAGCUUUGCGUCACAGCGUCACUUGAUGGAGAACGCAGAUGACAGGCUCAGACAACCGGAGCAAGGAGGCCGCUUUGAGACGGCCUGUGUCGUGUGUGCUCGUAGGUUUUGGCGAGAGCAGCUGAAGAUGUUGAUUUUGUUCCAAGAUCCUGCCGGCAACUCCGAGUUGAAUGAUAGUGCGGUGGAUGUGAUUCCGCGCGGUCAACAGGAGCGCUUGCGUCGAAUUCUCGAGGUUGAAAGAUACAGUCGACGCUGGCCCCACAUUCCGGUCACGGAAUUAUGCGCUUCUGAUGUGGAGCAUCCGUAUUGCAAGGGUGAGCACCUGCUUUUGCACAAGCGAAGGAUGCCGGUGGAUUUGAAAGAUCUUUGCCUGGUAUGCGUGGAUUGCAAGGGAUCUUUGUUGUCUUCCAUUCUUACACUUCCUCGGCACAGCUUGGCGAACGACCUCUGGAUCGGCGAGCAACCAUCUCCACUGCGUGACUUGGCUUCGGCCACGAAGCGAUUACUUCCAAUGACCAGGGCGUGUAUGCAGGUGGUUGUCUUGCAACCAGGGCACUUGGCGCGGGAAGAGCAUCAGCAUGGAUUUGUGGGGAACACCAUUUUUUGCCUCAAGCAAAACCGUCUUCGGUGCUGA